AUGAGUAACUUGUUAUUUCAUAAUUUUGAUAAACCAGGUGCUACUAACGUUGAUCAAGAGGUUGAAGAUUUCAAUUCUACUGCUUCAAAUAUCAUCAGUAAUCAUGGAUCAAGUGAUGGCAAUGAUACUAAUGAUGAUGCCGAUACCAUCAAUCAAUACGAUGAGCAAGAAAUGAUUAAAUAUUUACAGGAUGAUCAACAAUUGGGUGAGGUUCUAAGUGAAGACGAACAACAUAUUGAACAUUCUUGUGCUUAUUGUGGAAUUCAUAACCCAUGUUCCGUUAUUAAAUGUAAUACUUGUAACAAAUGGUUUUGUAAUGCAAAAACAAGUUCUUCAAGUAGUCAUAUUGUCACACAUUUAAUCAUGUCUCGUCAUAAUCAAGUUAGUCUUCAUGAAGAAUCGGAUUUAGGGGAUACUACAUUAGAAUGUUACAAUUGUGGUAACAAGAAUGUUUUCAUGUUGGGAUUUGUUAGUGCCAAACAAGAAUCUGUUGUGGUUAUAUUAUGUCGUUUACCAUGUGCUAGAUCAAAAGAUAUUAAUUGGGAUACGAGUCAAUGGCAAGCUUUAAUUGAUAAUCGUCAAUUUUUGUCCUGGUUGGCUCCGAGUCCAACUGAAGAUGAUUUGAUUAGUGCCAAAUUGAUUACUCCACAGCAAAUUUCUAAAUUAGAAGCACAAUGGAGAUUAAAUCGAUCUGCUACAAUCAAUGAUAUUGAGAAUAAUGACAAGACAGAAGAAGAAGUCUUGCCGAUUUUAAUGAGAUACAAUGAUGCUUUCCAAUAUCAACAAUCUUUUGGUCCUUUAGUAAAAUUGGAAGCUGAUUAUGAUAAGAAUUUAAAGGAAUCUCAAGCAUUAGAACAUAUUCAAGUCAAAUGGGCUUUGGGUUUGAAUAACAGACACUUGGCUAGUUUCACCUUAUCUACAUUUGAAACCAGUGAUUUGAAAGUUGCAGUUGGUGAUGAAAUUAUUUUGAGGUAUAGUGGGAGUCUUAGAGAAGCUUGGGAAGGGCAUGGUUAUAUUUUAAGAUUACCAAAUGCCUAUCAAGAGGAAUUCACUUUAGAAUUGAACACUUCCAAGAUUGCACCACCUACUGAUUUGACAACUGAUUUCACUGCCGAGUUUGUUUGGAAAGGUACUUCGUAUGACCGUAUGCAACAAGCAAUGAAGGAUUUUGCUACUGAUGAAAAAUCUGUGUCGUCAUAUAUUUAUCAUAAAUUAUUAGGUCAUGAAGUUGAACCUGUUGAGUUUGAUAUUGAAUUACCAAAGAGAUUCUCCCAUCCAAAAUUGACAGAAUUGAAUAUUUCCCAAACCAACGCAGUUAGAUCCGUUUUACAAAGACCAUUAUCUUUGAUUCAAGGUCCACCAGGUACUGGUAAGACUGUUACUUCUGCGACAAUUAUCUAUCAUUUAUCUAAACUCAAUAGAGAAAAAAUUCUUGUUUGUGCGCCAUCUAAUGUUGCAGUUGAUCAUUUGGCUGCCAAAUUGGAUUUGUUGGGAUUAAAAGUUGUUAGAUUAACUGCAAGAUCAAGAGAAGAUGUUGAAAGUUCAGUUAGUCAUUUAGCAUUGCAUAAUUUAGUUAACAGUCAUGCCAAGGGGGAAUUGAAAAAAUUGAUCAAGUUGAAGAACCAAGUUGGUGAAUUGUCAGUUGAAGAUACAAAUAAGUAUAUUAAAUUAUUGAGAACUUCCGAAAUGAAAGCUUUAAAUAAAUGUGAUGUUGUUUGUUGUACUUGUGUUGGUGCUGCUGACAAGAGAUUAUCACAGUUUAAAUUUAGAUCUGUUUUAAUCGAUGAAAGUACUCAAGCCAGUGAACCUGAAGUUUUGAUCCCAAUUGUGAAAGGUGCCAAGCAAGUGAUUUUAGUUGGUGAUCAUCAACAAUUAGGGCCAGUUAUUUUGGAUAGAAAGGCUGCUGAUGCAGGGUUGAAACAAUCAUUAUUUGAAAGAUUGGUAUUUUUAGGACACGUUCCAAUCCGUUUAGAAGUUCAGUAUAGAAUGCAUCCAUGUUUAUCCGAGUUUCCAAGUAAUAUGUUUUAUGAAGGUUCUUUACAAAAUGGUGUUACUAGUGAUGAUCGAUUAAUUGAAGAUUCAACAUUCCCAUGGCCAGUCAUUGACACACCGAUGAUGUUUUGGGCAAAUUAUGGUCGCGAAGAAUUGAGUGCUAGUGGUAAUUCAUAUUUAAAUAGAGUUGAAGCCAUGAAUGUUGAAAAAAUCAUCACCAAGUUGUUUAAAGAUGGUAUUCAACCAGAACAAAUUGGGGUUAUCACACCAUAUGAAGGUCAACGUGCUUAUUUAGUUCAAUUCAUGUCAAUGAAUUCUACUUUGUUAGACAAACGUGAUCAAUAUCUUGAUGUUGAAAUCACUAGCGUUGAUGCUUUCCAAGGUCGUGAAAAAGAUUACAUCAUUUUGAGUUGUGUUAGAGCUAAUGAUUCUCAAAGUAUUGGGUUUUUAAGUGAUCCUAGAAGAUUAAAUGUUGCUUUAACUAGAUCCAAAUAUGGGUUAAUUAUUUUGGGAAAUCCAAGAGCCUUGUGUCGUAAUAGAUUAUGGAAUCACUUAUUGAUUCAUUUUAGGGAAAAGGGUUGUUUAGUUGAUGGUCCUUUAGAUAACUUACAAUUAUCUAUGGUUCAAUUGAAUACUAAUCCAACCAAGCCAGGUGGUAAUUUCAAAUCUAGACCUAAAUUUGGUGCUGCUUCAACUGUACAUUCAUCAACUGAUUUUGAUAGUGCUAGUGUUGUAUCAUAUGAUAACACAAAUACUAUAACUAAACUCAAUAAUGAGUUAUGGCCAGCAUUAAAUGGAAACCUGAAGUUUAGUAAUGAUGGUUAUCAUAAUAAUAAUGGUACUAAUAAUCAUUUGGUUUCCAAUUUUUACAAUAAAUUGAACAAACUUGAUAAAACCUAUGAAGGUGGUAGAUAUAAUAACAAUGAAAAUAACAUUGAAGAUGAUAUUAAAAGUAUUACUAGUUCAUUCGCUGCCGGAUUGAACUUUUAA